GAAGAAAUCAAAAAGUAUCUUGCAAUACCCUUACUUAGUAAUGUUGAUCCUCUGUGUUGGUGGCAAAUACAAUAUCUCGAAUAUCCAACUCUAAGUAUUAUUGGCCAUGAUUAUUUGCCAAUUCUAGCAACAAGCAUUGCCUCAGAACAAGCCUUUUCAAUUGCCAGUAAAACAAUUACAGAAGAAAAAAACAAGCUAGAUGAAGAGACGGCUAGAGCAAUUCUUUGCUUGAAAAGUUGGAUCUAUAAAGAA